AUGAAUAACACAGAGUAUCCGGAAAACAUCACAGUUCAGUACUGCUUUCCUGACAAUAAUGCAUCUUGCAGAAAGGAGCUCCACACUCCCACCAACCUGCUCAUCCUCUCUCUGGCUGUGGCAGAUCUUUUUGUGGGACUGUUUGUUAUGCCUGUAAAUAUUGUGUUAUUCAUGGACUCUUGUUGGUACCUUGGAAAAGUGGCAUGUUCUAUUUUUUCUGUGGUUAGUAAUCUCUCAAUAUCAGCAUCUGUCUCUAAUCUAGUUUUCAUUGCAGUUGAUCGGUACAUUGCUAUCAGUGACCCUCUACUUUAUUCCAGUAGAAUUACAGAUGGUAAAAUAUUUGUGUGCAUAACUCUAGGCUGGUCUUUUUCUCUAACAUAUAUUAUUAUUUUAAUGUAUUGUAAUGAUCACCUCUCUCCCUCUCAAAUGUCCAUUAGAUGCUAUGGAGAGUGUGUGAUCUAUGUUAAAAAUUCAUGUUUUAUUGUUGACCUUAUCUUUUCUUUUCUAGUUCCUUGCUCUGUCAUACUGGUCUUGUAUUUACUGAUUUUUAAAGUGGCAAGACGUCAAGCUAAAGCUGUCAGAGCUGUGACAAAUGCUGCCUCACACAAACAUGGAGACAAGGUUUCAAGCUCUUCUGAAACCAAAGCAGCAAAAACAUUGAGCAUUGUCAUUUUUGUUUAUCUUGCUUGCUGGAUACCAUUAUAUUUAAGUUCUCUGUCAGUUGAAAGCUUGUCAUCUUUAUCAAUGGUGUGGACUGUGUUUAUCUGGCUAAUAUACAUGAACUCCUCUGUGAAUCCAGUAAUAUAUGCCAUUUUCUAUCAGUGGUUCAGAGAAUCAGUGAAGUAUAUUGUAACCUGUAGAAUAUUUGAAUCAUCAUCUUCAAGGCUUUUAUUAUUACCUGAACAUGUUUAA